UGAUAAGGCUGUUGAAAGGGGUAGGGAGCUUAGGUCAGAUUACAAGAUGGUAGCUAAAGCUUUGACUAGGAAAGGAACAGCUCUGGGGAAGAUGGCUAAAGUCUCGAAAGACUAUGAACCUGUGAUUGAGACUUACCAGAAAGCACUUACGGAGCACCGUAACCCAGACACGUUGAAGAGGCUGAAUGAGGCAGAGAGAGCCAAGAAAGAGUUGGAGCAGCAAGAGUAUUUUGAUCCAGCUAUUGGUGAUGAGGAGCGUGAGAAAGGUAAUCAGUUUUUCAAGGAGCAGAAGUAUCCUGAUGCUGUGAGACACUACACUGAAGCGAUCAAAAGGAAUCCAAAAGACCCGAGAGCAUACAGCAACCGAGCCGCAUGUUACACAAAACUUGGGGCAAUGCCCGAAGGAUUGAAGGAUGCAGAGAAAUGCAUUGAGCUCGACCCAACAUUCUCAAAGGGGUACAGCAGAAAAGGUGCUGUCCAAUUCUUCAUGAAGGAGUAUGACAAUGCAAUGGAAACAUACCAGGAAGGUCUCAAACAUGAUCCUAACAAUCAGGAGCUCCUUGACGGUGUUAGAAGAUGUGUGCAACAGAUCAACAAGGCAAACCGUGGUGACCUUACUCCGGAGGAGUUGAAAGAAAGACAGGCUAAGGGAAUGCAAGACCCGGAGAUCCAAAACAUUCUCACAGAUCCUGUAAUGAGACAGGUUCUUUCUGAUCUCCAGGAGAAUCCAGCAGCAGCACAGAAACACAUGCAGAACCCAAUGAUCAUGAACAAAAUUCAAAAGCUUAUCAGCUCUGGAAUCGUCCAGAUGAAAUAAACCUAAACGCAGUGUUUUUACUUUUGUAACUCAAAUCCCAAAUCGGUUUUCCCAUUUUUCUGUUACAACUUUUCUCUUCUCAUGUCGAUUGUGUUUUCCAAGACGUGAACCAAGUUAAUGAUACCCUUUUUAUUUUA